AACCCCGUGACUUCCUCCUCCCUCACGAUUUCCGAACUCGACGGCGGCCCAGCCCAUUCCUCAGCGCGCAUGAAACAACUCAGCAGAGGAAAAUAUCACAGGAUGGAUCCCGACUCUCAACCAGCCACGCCAAUUGCGCAAGCCAGCAACUUCCUUCCUACCUCAGCUAGCAACUUCCUUCCUUCAUGUCCUUGGCUCUCCCCUGGCUCUCCUCUGGGUCGAGUAGAAAUCAGUCUCUGCAUAUAUGAUCGCAAGAUGGUCUCAAGAUGUUUUUGAUAUGUUUUUAAGUUGAAGUUGCUAGCGCACUCGUAGUUCGCGAAGCUUAGCUCGCAGGUAGCCCGAGCCCGUCCAACACGUAUCUUGAUUACGCUACUGACAACUAUUUUCCCAGUUGCUUCUCGUAGCAACUAUGGCGUCACUCGGUAGUAGCCGAAGUAGCACUCCCGCCUUAAUCCUCUUCUCCCUCCUCUUUAUUACCCCCGCUACUCACUUCUUCACCAGCAGUAGCUUACACGGCAGCGGCGGCGGCCGUCCUAGUAGUUCCCCCUACCUCUGCCAAGCGGUUAAAAUCUACAAACCGGAUCAGACCAUUCUCCUCUACCUGAAAUCCCGCUGGACCGGCUUUCAAUACGCAGACUCCUGGGUCUCCGGCACCGACUGCUCCACGUGGCAGGGCGUCACCUGCGACGCGAGAUCCGGCGCCGUCACGCGCCUCGACUUCUCCGGCGCGUGGAUCAACGGCACGAUCCCGCCCGCGAUUGGCAAUCUAACGGCCCUCACGAGCCUCGUAUUCUGGGGCAACACGCUCGCGGGGCGCCUCCCGUCGUCCAUCGGCCUCCUAACCCGCCUCCAGGAGCUUCGCAUCGGCGACAACGGUCCCGGCAUGAGCGGGGGAAUACCGAACACGCUCUCGCGUUUGACGAACCUUUUUUACUUGGACCUGUCGCGGAACCGUUUCGCGGGCCCAAUUCCGGCGUUUAUUCUCGGCGGUACGAUGAAGAAAUUGGACACGUUGGAUCUAUCUGGAAAUCGCCUCACGGGACGCAUUCCCGGGGCGAAGCUCGGCGCGCUUUCCGUUUUGAAGACUCUCGGUCUCUCGGACAACCGACUAAGCGGUAUCAUUCCGACGGAGAUCGGCAGGCUGACGGCGCUGACGUACCUGAUGAUUGUGAAUAACCGGCUGGAAGGGCCGCUGCCGUCAAGUCUGGCUUCGUGUACCGGUCUGGUGAGGCUGACGGCUGGGGGUAACCGUUUGGGGGGUCCCCUUCCCACGGGUAUGCUGCUGCGGCUAACGAAACUGGAAGGCAUUUCGCUCAACCGUAACGGCUUCGUCGUUACUUCGCUGGCGCCACUCGCGAACCACCCGAAGCUGAAAGACAUCGACCUGAGCCAGAACAGGGUCGCUCGGCGAAUCCUCGCGACCCUCGGGCAGAUGAAAAAUAUUCAGAGCCUGAAUCUGGCGAGAAACAGGCUGACCGGAUCCGUUCCCGCGUUUCUGCUAGCCAAUCAGCCGAAGCUGUAUGGACUGGACUUGUCUUUCAACAGGCUCUCUGGAAAUUUUCCCUGGGCAGCGGUUCGAGGAGCUCCUGAAUUAGCAUGGCUCAACAUUCAGCACAACUUGUUUUCGGGCAGAAUGCCAGAAAUUUCGUUCACGGGGCAGCGCAUGCAGGUCCUAAACAUGUCGAACAAUUUCUUCUCGGGAAGUUUGCCGAAUUUCGGCAAUCCAGAAGGGGAGUACAACCUCGACGUUCGUGACAACUUCUUUUCGAGUAGACCGGAAAUACGCGCGUGGGGAAAACGAGUUUGCCCGAUCGAGGGGCAGACGGCUAAGCCUCCCGACGACGAAACGGUGUUCCUCACUGUCGCGCGUAACUGCCUUUCGCAGGUGCCUGGUUGCAAGGUUACAUCGCAGCGCAAGCCCGCUUCGUGUGCCGCUUUCUGCGGCGCGAAUGGCAAGUCCGGCGCGUGCGGAGGCCAUGGCACGUGUGUGCCCAAGGCGGUGGGGGGGAAGGCUACGUUUGCGUGCGUGUGCGACAAGGGCUUCGCGCUGAAGCCCGGAAACGCGUUUGCCUGCCUUUGAGUCGACUCAAAAGAACAGCGCGUGUGUGCCUAAGGCAGUGGGUAGGAAAGGCUAACUGGCGGUUUUCCUGCGCGUGUGACAAGGGCUGCGCUUUGGAGCCAGGAAACGCGUUUGCGUGUGAAUCGGCAGCAUCAGACGAAAGGUUGGAGGGGUGAAAGGAUAGCUGACAGCGCAAGGGGAGAAGGGGAGCGGGCGGGGGGGGAGGGGGGGAGGUUGAGAGGAGAAGGUUGGGCCAGGGAAUUUGAAGAAUGGGGGGGGCUGAAGCUGUCAGCAGAAGCAGCAAGGGAAGGCGGCACACCGUGUACAACCUCCAGCAUUUGUAUAUAUGGGAACCCUUCUCGUUACUCUACUUGUAGUGAGGUCAUGCAGGUGCAAGUAAGCUGCAUUCUGUAGGCUUUUAGUAUGAUGACUACAGUACAUAAUGUGAUGAGAUGUGAAGUCAGCCCCUUCUCUCAUCUUGGGGUGAAGAUGUUUUUGGGACCGAAAGCACUAUCACUCAGAUGUCAGCUGACAUGAGUUGGUGCUCAACCAGGAUACCUACUUGCAGAGCGUUGUUUAGUGUGCUAGCAUACUUCCCUAUAUGUAUCUGAUGUAGCAUUAUUUCGCUCUCUGCAAGUGUACUAACGAGAAGAAGCAUGAACUUCUCAACACCAGCAAUCAGGAAACAAAUAAAUAUAUCAUUUAGAGGUGUUUAGGUGGAACACGUUUUCUCCAUGAAACCUCGUUCUAUCCCUACCGGGGACAACUCUCCUCUAGCCUGGGUUUCUGCUCCAUUCCUCCAUGGAGAUCUCGUGCGGUCCGCUGACCUGUCCAGCAUCCUUUCUACCUCGCUCUGACACCACAAAGCGCGCUGAUGACAUGGAGGGCGGGUGUGGCCCCCCUGCAUGUGCGACGGACCCCUUGCUCAAGCCAGCAGCUGGGCUUCCGUCGUCACGCGUGACAAAUCCACAUCAGCUUGACUCUGGCUUGACCCUGCUCGGUGCUUGCGCGAGAAGGUGUUCGCUGGCAGUACAAGGUCCGAGUCUCGGAACUUCGAUUGCACGCCACCGCUGCGCGCUUUUUUCCACGGAUCAGCCACCAGUGCGGUGCGAGAUCCCAGCUUCGAAGCACACCAUGCUUUCCGUGAUCCGCCGCAGGUGCGGUUGCGCCACCAGCCGCGCCGCUGGGAAGCUGGGUCCUCUGAAAAUAUAACACCGGACCGGAGUCGCCUCAAAUAGAAACAAAUACCAAGGUGGCCCCUUACGGACCCAAGGGACGAGCUGGCCAUGCUGUGAUUGGAGGUUGCCUUCAUUAACCUGGGACGUUUCCGGGACGCGCGGGUUGCUGGAGCUCGGCGAUUGGAAGCUUCUCGCAAAAUCGUUGAUCGAAUCAAGGUGAGACUUACUA